AUGACUGGAACUCAUCGCGCCGCCAUCCUCCCACAGAGGGGUGGUCCCUUGUCCGUUGUGGAGCGCGCCACACCCGAGCCGGGUCCAAAUGAGGUUCUUAUUGAAGUCAAGGCUGUCGCCUUGAACCCUGUCGACUAUUACCAGCGUAACUUCGGCAUGCCUCAUGUGCCCAUCUACCCGGCUGUGAUCGGGUCCGAUACUUCAGGUCUCGUCGUAAAGGUAGGCUCCAAUGUCACCACGGUUCCCGCACCAGGAAGCCGAGUUAUUGCAUUUGCCUCAUCAUUCUAUCAGCAUGGCUCCCCAGACCACGGUGCCUUCCAAAAAUAUGCCUUGGCACAGUCAGAAGGCGUCAUCGCGCUUCCAGACAACCUCUCGUUUGAGGAGGGUGCUGUACUUCCCUUGGCUGUCUUGACCGGCCUGACUGCCUGGACCACAAUCGGCAUUUCACUCGACACCAAGUACACCCCGCAGGAUAAGCAGGCGGUACUGAUUUGGGGUGGAGCUAGUAGUGUGGGCACUUUGUCGGUUCAAUCGGCCAAGUCACUCGGCUUCACUGUCUACGCUACCGCUAGUCCUAAACACCAUGGUUAUCUUAAGAAGCUAGGAGCGCAUGCAGUUUUCGACUAUAAAAUGAGUGAUGUUGUCUCACAGAUCGUUCAAGCUGUGAAGAAGGAUGGUGUUAAUCUGCAUACCGCACACUGCGUCGUUGAUGGAGGCCUACAACCAACGCUGGACGUUCUUAAAGAAACAAAGGGCGAUGCAGCCGCUAAAGUUGCCCAUUCGCCUAUGCUACCCCCAGACCAUCCAACACUUGAGAACACGGAGAUUACGUUCAAUUUCCCAUCGAUGGGCCCAGCUGAGAGAAGUAAGCACAUGUACCAGUGCUUCCAUGGAUGGCUGGAAGACGGUCUGAAGUCCGGUUCAGUCGUUCCCAGCCCGGCUCUCCAGAUUGAGGAUGGCGGUCUAGACGGUGUCAAUGCCGCACUGGAUAAGUUGAAGGCCGGUGUCAGUGGGACUAAGAUUGUUUUGCCAAUCUGA